AGAGAGCGCGAGAGCUGACUGCGCUGCCAUCUGGCAUGCCAGUUUUCCUAAGCCCUGAAGUCAUGGCCCGAGGUCUCCUGUGGCUGGGCCUUGUCCUGCUGGGGUCCCUGCAGGCUCAGGCCCAGGACUCUGCCCCAAAGUUGAUCCCAGCCCCACUUCUGAUCAAGAUCCCCCUGCAGCCUGACUUCCAGGAUGACCAGUUCCAGGGAAAAUGGUACGUCAUAGGCGUAGCAGGGAAUUCAAUUAAUACAGAAAAACGAGCCCGGUUGAAGAUGUACACCACCACCUACAAGCUGAAAGACAACCACAGCUACGAGGUCACCUCCACCCUGAUCAGGAACCAGCGCUGCGACCACUGGAUCAGAACUUUUGUCCCAAGUUCCCUGCCUGGCCAGUUCACCCUGGGCAACAUUAAGCGUUACCUCGGAGUGCAGAACUACACCGUGCGGGUGAUGACCACCGACUACAACCAGUUUGCCAUGGUGUUCUUCAAGAAAUUUUACAAAAACCAGGAGUACUUCAAGAUCACCCUCUAUGGGAGGACCAAGCAGCUGCCCAUUGCUCUGAAGGAAUACUUCACCGGCUUUGCCAAAUCCCUGGGCCUCACCGAUGAUUACAUCAUCUUCCCUGUCCCCACUGACCAGUGCAUCGAUGAUAAGUGAACGAGCACGCAGUGUCCCCUGUCUCUCUUCACCCCAUCACCCUCACGCUGACCUCUGCCCAGGGCACCGCCCGGCUGUUCCACCAACCUGGACACCAGGAGAGAGCCCGGAGAUCCUUCUCACCACACAGCCCACCAGCUGCUUCCCAGGUCGCCCUUCUGAUGGAACCCCUCCUUGCUUGCUAAAUAAACACAUGCCCCCAGGU